AUGAACUUCUCUGAGAAAUCACCACCCAAGUGGGCUUCUUUUGCCUCACACCGACGUUCAUCCGGUCAAGAAACACAAAUGAGAGCAGAGCCGGCUCCUAAGAAAUCAUGGAGAUCGAAAUUCAGAAGUCCAAUCACAUUCAACCCCAACUCUAACUCCAACUCCAACAAUGAAACCACCGACCUCCCACCACCCUACUCAGCCAACCCAAUUCCCCCCAGAACCCUACAGCAACACCAAUCAGCAAACACGCCCACAGACCCGGAAUCAGCCUACACGUUCCUCAACACAUUCGACACAAUCUUCCUAGUAGACGACAGCACAAGCAUGAAAGGCUCAAACUGGACCUCAGCCGCCACCGCAAUCGCAGCAAUCGCCCCAAUCUGCACAGCCCACGACCCAGACGGAAUAGACAUCUACUUCCUAAACCAGCCAGCCAGCAGCAACGUGCACUACAACAUAACAACUCCCAGUCAAGUGCACGAAAUCUUCCAAAGCGCGCAACCGCGCGGUGCGACACCCAUCGGUAAAAGGCUGAAUGAUAUUCUGCGGCCGUACAUGGCGCGUGUGGAACGCAUGCAAACUGCCCAGAAACAUGGUGAUAAUGGGGAAUUGUAUGUGCGGCCGGUGAAUAUUAUUGUUAUUACUGAUGGGGUGUUUACGGAUGAUGCUGAAAGUGUUAUUGUGGGUGUUGCAAGGAAAUUGGAUUUGAUGGAUGCUAUUGCUUGGCAGGUGGGCAUUCAGUUUUUUCAGGUUGGGCGCGAUGAGAGUGCUAGAUUGUAUUUGCAGGAGUUGGAUGAUUUUCUGGGGGGAGGUGUCGGGAUGGGUUGA